AUGACCGAAAAUUACGUCUUGUCUUACAAUUUCAUCACCAUUGAGGGUUGCAUAGGGGCCGGGAAGACCACAUUGUCGAAAAUGUUGGCCCAGGAAUUCAAUGCGCAACUGAUUUUGGAGCAGUUUGAAGACAAUCCGUUUCUGCCCGGUUUUUAUCAAGACCCGGAACGACAUGCUUUUCCGAAAUCGUUGAUUUUUGCCAAUCAAAAUUUGAAAUCCGAUGAAGCCAAGUUAUAUCGAAUGUUGUUCGAUAUCAUCAAUCCGUCUUUACCCAAACCUGAUCUAAUUAUCUACUUAUAUGCUCCGGUGGAGAAAUUGUUGAGCAAUAUCAAGCAUCGCGGACGAGAUUACGAACAAUCCAUCCCGGCC